AUGUCUGCGCUCAAUCUAAAGCUCAGGCCAAAGCUCAGGCUGGCAGCGACGCACGCCUGCAGGCAUCCCUUGGCCGCGGGCACCAUCGCAGCUCUCAUCCUGAUGUACGACCCCUCUGCUUUCCGAGGCAUCGCCUGCAAAGGCCGGACUGGGGCAGCCAGGGCCUUGGAGGGAGCAGGAAUUAAGGACGUUUCGGCAGCAUUUUCGGUGGCCGUGCAGCCGCAGGGGUCCAGCAGUGCAGAAGCGCUUGCCGGCUCGGUGCCGGAUGCGGUCUCGCUCUACCCCAAUGGUGGUGGCAGGAACGAGCCCACGCGAGAUCCCGGCCGAGGCCAGCGCUGCUGCCAAGCCACUGACAUGAAACGCCUCCUCCUCCUCACCAUGCUCUGCCUCUCCCUGGCCAGCAGCUUGAAAAGGGUGACCCUGACGCGGCACCGCUCCCUGCGGAAGUCACUGCGGGACCGUGGGCAGCUCUCCCACUUCUGGAAAGCCCACAAGCUCGACAUGGUACAGUACAGCGAGGACUGCACUGCCUUCACGCAGGCCAACGAGCCUCUCAUCAACUACCUGGACAUGGAGUAUUUCGGGCAGAUCUCCAUCGGGACCCCUCCCCAGAACUUCACUGUGGUAUUCGACACGGGCUCCUCCAACCUCUGGGUGCCGUCUGUCUACUGUGUCAGCAAAGCCUGCGAUGAGCACGCCAAGUUCCAGCCAUCACAGUCCAGCACAUACCAGGCGAUAGGGACCCCCUUCUCCAUCCAGUACGGCACUGGCAGUUUGACAGGGGUCAUCGGAUCUGACCAAGUAGUCGUCGAGGGCCUCACCGUGAACAACCAGCAGUUUGCAGAGAGCGUCAGCGAGCCAGGAAAAGCCUUCCUGGACGCUGAGUUUGAUGGGAUCCUGGGGCUGGCUUACCCCUCGCUGGCCGUGGAUGGGAUCACUCCUGUCUUUGACAACAUGAUGGCACAAAAUCUGGUGGAGCUGCCCAUGUUCUCUGUCUACAUGAGCACGAACCCCGAAUCCUCCCUGGGAGGAGAGCUGCUCUUUGGUGGCUUUGACCCCUCUCGCUUCAUGGGGACCCUGAACUGGGUGCCAGUCACCCAGCAAGGGUACUGGCAGAUCCAGCUGGACAACAUCCAGAUGGGUGGGACAGUGGUUUUCUGCAUGAACGGCUGCCAGGCCAUCGUGGACACCGGGACAUCACUCAUCACAGGUCCCACCAAGGAUAUAAAAGAAUUGCAAGGCUAUAUCGGUGCCGUGCCUGUGGACAAAGAGUAUGCCGUGGAGUGCAGCAACCUCAACAUAAUGCCUGACGUGACCUUCACCAUCAACGGGCUCCCCUACACGCUCAGUGCCCAAGCCUACACCCUCAUGGAGUACAGCGACGGCAUGGCCUUCUGCACCAGCGGCUUCCAGGGGAUGGACAUCACCCCUCCCACUGGACCCCUCUGGAUUUUGGGUGACGUUUUCAUCCGUCAGUUUUACUCCGUCUUUGACCGUGGAAAUAACAGGGUGGGGUUGGCCCCCGCCAUCCAUUAG